GGCGGGCGGCCUCUGCCGGUGGCGGGGCGGUGUCGUGUAGCCCACUUCGGCCUCGGGCUGCCGCCUCCUGCCGGCCGCGUCGGUUACAAAGGGCCGCUGCCCGGCCGGCCGCCCUCAGCUUCUUCCGGCCGUGACGGCGGCGCGGGCCUGGCUCCCGGCCGGAGAUGAGGGGAGGAUGUCGGUUUCGGGGCUCAAGGCUGAGCUGAAGUUCCUGGCGUCCAUCUUCGACAAGAACCACGAGCGGUUCCGCAUCGUCAGCUGGAAGCUGGACGAGCUGCACUGCCAGUUCCUGGUGCGGCCCCCGAGCGGCGCGGCCUCGGCGGCGCUCACGCUGCACUGCAACAUCACGGAAUCUUACCCAUCGUCUUCACCGAUAUGGUUUGUGGACUCUGAUGACCCAAAUCUGACCUCAGUUCUGGAACGUCUGGAAGAUACUAAGAACAACAGUUCGCUUCGUCAGCAAUUGAAGUGGUUGAUAUGUGAACUCUGCAGAUUAUAUAACCUUCCUAAGCACCUGGAUGUUGAGAUGCUAGAUCAACCCCUCCCCACGGGUCAGAAUGGGACAACAGAAGAAGUGACAUCAGAAGAGGAGGAAGAGGAAGAGAUGGGUGAAGAUAUAGAAGACUUGGAUCACUAUGAGAUGAAGGAAGAGGAGCCUAUUAGUGGGAAGAAGUCAGAGGAUGAAGGAAUCGAAAAAGAAAACUUGGCAAUACUAGAGAAAAUUAGGAAGACUCAAAGGCAAGACCACCUGAACGGCGCCGUGUCCGGGUCUGUGCAAGCCUCCGACAGGCUCAUGAAGGAGCUCAGGGACAUAUACCGGUCGCAGAGCUACAAAGCAGGGAUUUACUCCGUGGAACUCAUCAACGACAGUUUGUAUGACUGGCACGUGAAACUGCAGAAGGUUGAUCCCGAUAGUCCUUUGCACAGUGAUCUUCAGAUCUUAAAAGAAAAAGAAGGCAUAGAAUAUAUUUUGCUUAACUUCUCUUUUAAGGAUAACUUUCCGUUUGACCCUCCAUUUGUUCGAGUGGUGUUACCCGUUCUCUCCGGAGGGUACGUGUUGGGUGGCGGUGCGUUAUGUAUGGAGCUUCUCACAAAACAGGGCUGGAGCAGUGCCUACUCGAUAGAGUCAGUCAUCAUGCAGAUCAACGCCACCCUAGUCAAAGGCAAAGCCAGAGUGCAGUUUGGAGCAAAUAAGAAUCAAUAUAAUCUAGCAAGAGCCCAACAAUCUUAUAAUUCCAUUGUACAGAUACACGAGAAAAAUGGCUGGUACACCCCCCCGAAGGAAGAUGGCUAAGUGUACUGACUGCCGUGUGUUUGGACCAAUGUUGCUUUAAAGAAAAUCUUUCCAACGAGCAGACAAGCUUUGGGUGCCCCCAUAACAGCCGUACUGAAGACGUUAGCUCAUAGAUAUUUUAGUGGAUAAUCUGUCAACUGACAUCCUAUAUAAGUUAUAGCCUUCUCAUUUUGCUCAUUUUAUUCUCUUGGACUGAGCAGUGGGGCUUCACUGUAUUUUUCCUGAUAAAUACACACACUGGCUACUCCUGAUCAUCUCUUUUUCUUAAACAAUGAAAUCUGUUAAGCAGGCAGCCAGCAUCAGGUAACUGAAGCUGUGACUUUAGGGUAACUUUUCCAUAAUGAGCGCCUGUGUUACUAGGACUUGCAGUAUGUUGUUCCAUUCAGAGCCAAUAAAGGUCUAUUUGCUGUUUAAUAUUGGUUUAGAAAAUUUAAGGUCUUCUACAUCAUAGUAGCCUUUUCAGAUUAAAACCACUUUAUAAUAUUGCCAAAAUAAUGAUAGGAAACCUACUCAAUAAAUUGUUAAAUGUUUUUAUGGCCACGUGAAGAUAUGAGCUGUUUCCCGAAGAUAUGCUCUUACCUGAGUUGCACUGUACUUCUCAGGCAAAGUGAAGCAGGGCUGGGCCAAGUAAGCAAGUAAGGCCUGCAGCAGUGACUUCCACUGGGGCACCGCUGUCUUGCUGGGCUGAAUCUGUUUAUUGGUUCAGUAUGUCUUCUGAAGAUCUGCAGUAUAGAUCUUGAAGUUAUUUAAAAUACUAAGUCAUUUUACAUUUCCAUUUUAUUAACGGGAUGUUGCAAUCAUUUGUAAACUAAUAAAUUUUUAAAGUGAUUGGCACACAGACUUCUUGAACAAAAGCUGCACACUGAAGUACAAAAAGACACCUAAUUUGGAGACUUAAAAUUUUUGCUAUAAUCAUAACAAUGGCUUUUACUUAAAGACUAAUAGGAACUCUACACAUGUUAGUUCUUUUUAUAAAACCUGACUCAAAUCAGUAUACCCUCCAUUUUAUUGCCUUACCUGAAUCAGUCCUCUUUGAUUGGUAAUCGAUUUUUGUAUACCCACAUUUGAUUUAAAAGUAACUUCUAGUUAUUAAGCACUUUUAAAAUGAAAUUUAGAAGCACACUUUUCUGCACAAACCAGUUACAAAGUUGAAAAGUGUUUCUUAUGCAUUUGCUUUGAGAUGCAGUUUUUAACUUUGUAAACCACAUUGGAGAGACUUGGCACUUCUGCAUGGUGUGGUUGAGAGGACAGCAGAAAGAGAGUUCCUGGAGUUCUUGUUCACGUGGUUACAGUUCUGAUUGACAGUUGCUCAGACAAGUGACAAGGCAGGAUUCUUUAAAGCAUUACAGUUCCUUAAACCUAAGGCUAAAUCUUGAAUACAUUAUGGAAUUCUUUAAUAUCCGGAUGGCUAACAGAUUGACAGCUGCACAUUUGGCAUGCUUUGGGUUUUGUUUUUUUUUUUUGGAGUUUAUUUUUCAUUGCAGAUUUAUUUGGCAAUGUACAGUAAAUUUUGUAAACUUGCAUCAAGUUUAUGAAUAAAGAAUCAUUUAAAAAAUAA